AUGGCUGCUGCUGCCGCCGGCGCCGUGCCCGCGCUGGACGGAGUGGGCCAGGUGGCGCACCUCCUGUAUGCAGUCCCGGGGGCGCCCCUGUGGCACCAGCGCUGGAACUUGGGGCGGGUGGUGUCCUGUCCGAGUGACGCGAUCUUGGUGUCGCCGGACCACCAGGUGCAGUGCGAGGUGGUGGACGGGACGUCGGCUGACAUCAGCGCGGUGAGGCCACCGGGCGUCGUGCGGGCCUACCGCUUCGCGAACGCCCCGACCGCGGCGGAGGUGGCGGCCUGGCUCCCCGACGCCCAGGCCGAGGCUCGGCGCUGCUUUGCUCGGCGCCACCCGGGCGUGGCCGUGCCGGCGCCCGUCUUCGAGGCGUGGCCCUGGGCUGCGCCGGGGGCGCCGGCUGCCGCCGUCGGGCCCGCCCCUGCCGCGGCGGGCGGUGCGCCGGCGCCCGCGGGAGCAGCGCUCGCAGCGGCCGUAGUCGGGGCGGCCCGACCCCUGGUGCUGGCGGGAGGCGCUGGCGACGCCGCCCCCGCCCCUGUGGGGAACUGGCGCGUCGCCCAGGAGUGGAGGGGGUACCACUACGGCGAUGUGACCACCCCUCCAGCGGGCUUCGCUGGGGCGGGCACUCCCGCCCGCGGAGUCGUCCUGCUCGCAGACGGGUCGUCCCUCUUCGUCGAGUGGGUGGCCAUCGGUGACGAGUCGGACUUCGCCGACCGGGCGGUGGCGCCCGACUGCCGCCUGCUGCCGGUCCGCUUCGAUCGCGCUGGCAGGCCCUUCCGGACGCUCGAGAACCUCGUAGAGAGCUGCCGCCAGGAGCACCUCCCCGACUUCAUCGCGCCGAGGACGACCAUGUGGUGCCUCGAGCACCUUGCGGGCGAGGGGCGCUCGCUCGAGUCCCACUUCGAGCACUUCAAGAAGCUGUGCGGCCUGCAGGACACCCAGUGGGGCAUGGAGGAGUACGCCAGCGUGAUCAGCUACUUGAAGGCGUUGCUCCAGCAUGAUCAGGUGGACGCGUCCAACAUCCUAUCGGUGGAGAUGAUGUUCCGCCGGCUCCAGACGAUCGAGUAUUGCUACAGCGACAAGUUGCGCGAGAGGACGGCGGGCGCUUCCGGGGGAAGGCUCACCGCCGACGAGCAGGCCGCCUUCGGCGCCACCGCCCGGGCCGAGUCGAGGCUCAUGGUGUCGCCCGCGCUCCUCGAGAGCGCCGAGCAGGAGCUGGAGCGCGACGCCUCGCUGGCCAAGAGCCUCCUGAAGGCGCGCGAGGCCCGGGAGUCGCUGGGCCGGCGGAGGCAGGGCCAGGGGAAGGACCAGGGGUCUGGUGGGGGGGAUCCCAACAUGACUGGGGAUGCUCGGCAGGUUGCCGGCAGAGAGUCGGCCGUCGGCAGCGUCGUCACGCCGACGUUCUUCGGUGCUUGGAGGGCGCUGCGCCUCGGCCUCCCCUACGACGCAGGGGGGGGCCCCGUGGGCUAUGAAGCCUCCCGCGUGUCCCUCCCGGCAGCUGGGUCUGUCCCGACUCCGCUCGCUCGGCUCUGGGGAUCCGGCGGGGAAAGCACUGUUGCACGCUUUGCUGAGUCGCAAGUUUUGCCCAUCGACGUGGCUCGAACGAAAUUGAAGGACUCGGGCCCCCUUCGGCCCUACGGUGACCCUCGCCUCCACUCCCCCUCUCUGUACGGCGAAUUCAUUCAGCGAUUGGUCGAGGCUGGCGUAGUCGAGUUGACGCUCGAGCGAGCUACCGAGGUGGUGGAUUGCUUCUUUGUAAAGAAGGGGGGCGGCAAGCAGCGCCUAGUCGUCGACUGUCGACGGUCUAAUCAGCAUUUCGAGCCGCCCGCCCCUGUCAGCUUAGUGUCUGGCGAUGCCCUCGCCCAGGUGCAUGACGAGGAAUCUUUCGGUCAGCCCGUGUAUAUCGGCCAGGUCGAUAUAAAAGACGCAUUCUAUCACAUGGAGCUCCCGGAGGGGCUCCGCCAGUUUUUCGGGCUGCGUAAAAUUCGGGCCUCGUGGGCGGGCAUCUCUAAUGUCCAGGGCGUCCGGGUGUCCCCGGGGACCUGGGUCACCCCUCGGAUGCGAGCCCUGCCCAUGGGCUGGUCCUGGGCCCUCUGGUGGUGCCAGGCGAUCCACGAGCGGGAGCUCGACAUCUGGGACCGUAUCGCCCCGCUCAUCUGGGUCAACACUUCAGCGGGUACCUGUCCGGACGUCGUCGUGGCGGACGCGUCGCCGUGGGGCCUUGGGGCCGUUCGGGGACGACCGCCGGUGGCCCUGGUCAAGGAGGCCUGCCGUCACUCGGAGCAUGCUGGGGCUCGGGAGGCGGCCCGGGAGGGGCGGCCACCCCGUGGGCGCGCUUUCGCCGCGGCCGCUGCGCAGCUGCACGGGGGUGAAGGUGAGGCCGACAGGCGGAUCCUGAUGGAGCUCGCGCGGCCCCAGUCUCGACACGACCGACCCGAAAGCGAGUUCGACCGCCGUCACCGGAAGCCGUUCGAGGACGUCCCCUUGGACCUCUUGAGGGCCCCCUGGAGGGUGUGCGGGAGGCAGAGGUGGAAACGGCCCUCGACGUCUAUGCCGGCCCUGGAAGCGGAGGCGCUUUUGUACGGGGUUCGCCACCUCCUGAGGUCCGUCGCCAACUUGGGCUCGAGGCUGCUCGUGAUAGGGGACUCGAUCUCCGCCUCCCUGGCCGCCACGAAGGGGCGGUCCUCCUCCGAUGGCAUGCUCUCGGUGACCCGUCGACUGGGCGCCCUGCUGUUGGGGACCGGCAGCCUCCUGCGGUCGCGCUGGAUCGCGUCGGAGCUCAACCCUGCGGACGGGCCGUCGCGCGGCCGUCCGGCGCCGAGCGACCCGCUUGCCGGCCUGCGGCGCGAGCUCGCGGCCGCCGCCGACGAGGGCCGCGAUGCUGGCGCGCGGCAGGUCCGACAGGCCCAGAUGAGUUUGCUUCGGAGGGCCUCGGUGUCGGCGAAGACGCAGGCCCAGUACUCUCUCUACCUGGCCGCCCUGCGCAGGUUCUGCAACUCCCGCGGGGACCACCCGAUCACCGAGGAGGAGUGGGACAGCGCCACCGCGGGCUUGAUGGAGAUCAUGUUCAUGGAGGACGGCUCGUUGAGCGCGGGCGAGAAGCUCCUGGCGUCGGUGCAGUGGGCCGAGCCCCGCCUCGGCAGGCUGGGGGGCGGGCGGAUGCCCAUCUGUCGGCAGUGCCUGCGAGGCUGGCGCCGUGCUGCCCCAGCGGGGGGCCGCCUGCCCCUGCCCUACGACGUGGUGGCGCUGCUGGCGUGCUGGAUGAUCUGCCAGGGGCUGAGACCCCACGCGCUGGCGAUCCUCAUGAUGAUGGAGCUGUACCUGCGCCCGGGAGAGCCAUUCCUGCUACGGGGCCGUGACGUGGCGGCGGGGGCCUUCAGCGGAGCCCGCGAGUGGACCCCCACAUCGGUCCUGCUCCACCCGUUCGAGAUGCGGACCCCGUCCAAGAGCCAGGAGUUCGACCAGACGAUCGUCCUCGACCUCGACCGGCAGGCGGCGCUCGCGGACGCCCUGGUGCAGCUGGGGCUGGAGCGCAGCGAGGGGCCCUUGCUGGAUCUGUCGCCCAGCGCCCUGCGCCGCGCCCUGGACGAGGCCGCGGCAGCCUGGCGCCUGGGGCCCCUCGGGCCGCUCGACGCCUACCGCUUCCGGCACACGGGGGCGAGCGUCGACUUCGCGACCGGCGCCCGGCGGCUGGAGGAGAUCCAGCGCCGCGGGCGGUGGCGGUCCGCUCGGAGCCUCCGCCGCUACGAGCACGGGGGGCGACUGGCCGACCUCCUGCGCCGCCUGCCGCCCGACGUGCAGCGGGCGGCCGCGGCGGCCGCUCGGGAGCUCCCCGACCUGUUCGCGGGCUCGGGCCACCUGUCCGACGCCGUGGAACGGGGAAAUGUCCCCACCUUGCGUUGGGGCAUCUUGUACGGCCCCGCCUACGACCUGCGCGACCCCAGGAACGCCCGCCUCAUUCGGGGCUGGAUACGGGCGGGGCUCGUCUGCGGCCUGCAUGCUGGCUUUCCCUGCGAGACCUUCUCGCGGGCACGAGACCGCCCCAACGGCCCCCCGCGGCUCCGGUCCCAGGAGCACGUCUGGGGCCUGCCCAGUCUCCCCGUCGGGGGCGCCGACUUCCAGAAAGUGAAGUGGGGCAACUUGUACGCGCGGCUCACGAUAUCCUUCUGCGCGCUGUGCUGCCAGUGUUUCGUCCCCUGGUCCCUCGAGAACCCCGCGCUGAGCUACGCGUGGCAGCUGCCGCCGAUGCUGCCCCUGCUCCAACGCCGGCAGGUCACGUCCCAGGUGAUCGAGUACUGCCGGUUCGGGGCGCCCUGGAGGAAGAGCACCAAGAUCGUUGCGUUUCUCCUCGACCUGGCGCCCUUGGCCAAGUUCAGGUGUGUGGGGCCCGUCUGCGUCCUCACAGGGCAGAGGCAUCAGGAGCUGUCCGGGAAAGACGCGUCGGGCAGGUUCCGCACCAAGUUGGCGGAAGCAUAUCCUCGAAAGCUCUGCAACAUCCUCGCCAGAGCGUACGCGGAUGAGAAGGCCAGGUCCCGGGCUGGGCAGUUCUCCGCUCUGAUAGGCCGUGCUGCUCGAGCGCUUUCCGACUCGUGA